AUUGAAUCUGUCAAUCCAGCAGAGGAACUUCCGGUGUUUUGGGGCGGAGUAAAGAAUGGCGGAGAACGGAGGGGAGCAGCAGCUGCAACAGCAGGCCAUGGAGAUUGACAGGCGAGUGGAAUCUGAAGAGUCUGGGGAUGAAGAAGGACGGAAGAAAGGAACUAUUGAUGAGAUGUCUCAGAAUAUAAGAUUGAGGGGAACUGGAGGAAACGCAUCAGGAGAGCCAGACACUCCAGUUGAUAUUGACACCAUCAUUUUAGAUUCUGAAGCAGAAGAUGUCGAUCUCAACCACUGCAGAAUUGGGAAAAUAGAAGGAUUUGAUGUACUGAAGAAAGUGAAGGUGCUGUGUCUUCGUCAGAACCUUAUCAAGACCAUUGAGAACCUUGAGCAUCUGAUAACACUCCGAGAGUUAGAUCUGUAUGACAACCAGGUCAAUCAAUUAGAAAAUCUCCAGACAUUGAAGGACCUUGAGAUUUUGGAUCUCUCUUUUAAUAUUGUGCGGAAAAUUGAGGCUCUUGAGUCACUCACCAAGCUAAAGAAGCUGUUCCUUGUGAACAACAAAAUCACAAAAAUCGAAAAUGUUGGUCACCUGGAUCAGCUGGAGAUGUUGGAGCUCGGCUCAAAUCGCAUCCGGGUUAUAGAAAAUAUUGAAAAUUUGAAGAAACUCGGCAGUUUGUUUUUGGGUAAAAACAAAAUCACCAAAUUGCAGAACUUGGAUGGGCUGACGAAUCUCACUGUCCUCAGUAUACAGAGUAAUCGGCUGACAAAGAUAGAAGGGAUGCAAAGCUUGGUCAAUCUGCAGGAGCUUUACCUGAGUCACAAUGGCAUCGAGGUGAUUGAAGGUUUGGAGAACAAUAAAAAGUUAACAACAUUGGAUAUAGCAACCAAUAGGAUCAAGAAGAUUGAAAAUAUCAGUCACCUGACAGAACUUCAGGAAUUUUGGAUGAAUGAUAAUUUAAUCGAGCACUGGAGUGACCUUGAUGAGCUAAAGAAUGCCAAAGAUCUACAGACGGUGUAUCUUGAGGGUAACCCGCUGCAAAAGGACCCACAUUAUCGGCGGAAAGUAAUCUUGUCCCUCCCCUCUGUGCGACAGAUCGACGCAACCUUUAUCCGAUUCUGAAUGGGGAGCAGCUCCUCCAUCACUGACUCAUUUGGAGGAAGCUCCAUGUGUUUUACUUGACUGAGGCUCUUAAAGUAUUUGAUAAAAGCACUAAAUUAUAGCUAAAUAACCCGAUGCAUGAUUUUGUUAUUGACUCCUGUCUGAUGAACAUGCUCCUGUGUUUUGGUUGGUUCAUCUUGUAUGCUGCAACCUUGCACAGUUUCUAAGGUGACCCAGAACUUGAUCCUUCGCUUGUGAGGAGAAAAUGAGUCUAUGUUGGUUUUCUUUUUGUAAGGAAUGAACAUUAAAAGCACUGAAAUGCAUGGACUUUA